AGUAUUCGAUCAUUUCCGCUUAAUCCACCACCAUGGCGGAUGUAUUGAGUUUAGUUCGGCAAUACAAUAUCAACAAGAAGGAGAUCAUCGAGAAGGAUGAUCAGGUGAUUUUUGGUGAACUUGCGUGGCCAUCCAAUGUGAAGACUAACUAUGUCGUAUGGGGUACUGGAAAAGAUGGAAUCGUCAAAGAGUACUACACACUAGACUGCAUACUCUUCCUGCUGAGGAAUGUUCACCUACAGCAUCCACUGUAUGUCAGAGAGGCUGCAGCUGCAGAGGUACCAGUGGUACGUCGACCAGACAGAAAAGAUUUGCUCAGCUAUCUCAAUGGCGAAACUACAUCCUCAGCAAGCAUUGACAAGAGUGCCCCCUUGGAGAUCCCCCUUCAGAGGCCCCCACAGGUAAAGAGAGGUGGGGAAGACAGCGGAGAGGCAGACAAGAAAAAGAAACCACGUCUGGAGGAUGAACAAGUUCAACAUGCUAAAAUGAACUGGAUCCACAAAAUUGAUGCAACAAGGGAAACCUCAGCGUUACAACAGAUAUCACGUUCGUCACUGCCUGAAGCCAUGCCCCUGGAGAAGAUUGCAGCCAUCAAGGCCAAGCGUCUUGCCAAGAAAAGGACCAUGAUCAAGGUGGACGAUGAGGUGGCUCCAGGUGCACUGGAACAGAGGAGCUUUGUGGAGGCUGAGGUUGACGUGACAAGGGACAUCGUCAGCAGGGAGCGUCUCUGGCGGACACGAACCAGUAUCUUGCAGAGUAAUGGAAAGACUUUUGCUGCCAAUGUGUUUGGAAUUCUUCAGUCUAUUAAGGCCCGCGAGGAAGGGAAGGAGAAACACCACACUGAACCCCACACACCCUCAGUGCCCCAACAGCGCGUCCCACCUGUUGCUGCCUAUAGCAGAUACGACCAGGAAAGAUUUAAAGGCAAAGAAGAAACUGAGGGAUUUAAGAUUGAUACCAUGGGAACUUAUCACGGAAAAACGCUCAAGUUUGUGACAGAAGGAGGCGGAGCCAAUCAGAAAAAAAUAGAAGAACGAGAACCACGACGCCAUGCAGCACCUCAACAAAACCAUGUAUCCCAUCACCCAGUACAACCCUCCACCCCUGUCACCCCGGGAUCUCGUCCAAUCUCCCAGGCCAGGCCCCCUCCAAACCAGAAAAAGGGGUCUCGGACACCCAUCAUUAUCAUACCUGCUGCCACCACCUCCAUCAUCACCAUGUUCAACGCCAAGGAUAUCCUCCAGGAUCACAGAUUUGUCAGCACAGAAGAGAAGAAAGCACAGGGCACCAAGCGUGACAAUGAAGUGUUGAUUCAGCGUCGAAAGGCUGGAAACUUGACUGUGCCAUACCGAAUCAUUGACAACCCCCUCAAACUCUCACCUGACGACUGGGACCGAGUUGUAGCAGUGUUUGUUCAAGGGCCAGCAUGGCAGUUCAAGGGAUGGCCCUGGGAUGGUGUUCCUGUAGAUAUCUUCUCCAGGAUCAAAGCUUUCCAUCUGAAGUGGGCAGAACUUCCAGUUGACACUAAUGUGAAGAAGUGGGAUGUGUGUGUCGUUAACCUGAACAGAAACAAACGCCAUCUUGACCGUGCAAACCUGCAACAAGUCUGGGAGAUCCUUGAUAAGUACAUGGCUAAACACAAGCCUCACCUGAGACACUGAGUUUAGAACAGCAUGAAGAUUAUAACACUGGUAAACUCGAGAGUUUACACAAAGGUUCAAUACUGACAGUACCAGAAAUAGUGAUACAAACCUUCUGGGAUUGUACUUGUGUUAUUGACUGGGACUCUGUAUGGCAGCUUGGCAGAUUGAGAUCCUCACCUGUUACUAGGAGAAUGAGAUACUAGAAGCUGUCCCUGACAUAACUAAUGUUCCCAGAUCUACGUACGGUUUUGUUAGACUUCGCUUUUUUGUACAGGUUUCAAUAUUGUGAUGGAUUAUUGAUUCACAGUCCCAUUAUCUGUAUCGAAGAUGUUUUGGACAGUGACAUUUCUAGAAGCAAGUCUAAUUUUCAUGGAAUGAAUUUGAAUGAGACAUUUACCUAAUUUCUCCUGCUGUAAUGUUACUGAAGAUUCACACAGACAUUUGUGUGAUAUUAUGAGUAUAAAUAUUGACUUGUGUCUCGGACACAUUUUGGCUUCCUAAAUUUACCAGUCCAAACAACUUCUUUAUCAGUGAUCUAUCAUCUAGGACAUGAUCAUGAUGGCGUGGUAAAUUUGCUAUCCCUGUCAAUUUCUUUAUCAGUGCUAUACAAAGUUGGGUAUUCAAAAAAUGAGGUCUUUUCAGAAUGAAGUAUAGCGUUUCUGAAUAGAAUGGUUAUGAUCAUGGAAAAAUGAAUGGUGGAAUGAUUCCAUUUAGAUUUCUUCGCUUCAAAUGAAUAUUGGGAUGCCUUUUCCACCUGUCGGUCGGCUGCCAGCGUUCAGGUUGAGGAAUAACUUAUGAACAUGGGUAUGCUUCACCUGUGCCACUGUAGCACUGUUUGAUCAAGGUGAUGAUAUCAUGUUUGACUGUUGGAGUUAUAAGUCCCAAACAGGUACUACCUUACAUAGGUAUAGGCUUGCACUCCAUUCAUUAGUAAGCGUGUGCUUCACUUUGUCCAGUACAUAUCCCAAAUACACUCGCCUACAAUUUAGUGACCUUUACUAAAAUCUAACCUUGUACUCCAAUAUAUACAGAGUUACCACCCUUUGAUUACUACAAAACUCUUUCUCCACAACAGAUUCCAUAUACUGUCAGCUUCCAUAUCAAAAUUUUGUAUGCAAGUACCUGUUGGGACGGAAGUUUCACACACUGAAGUCAGGUUUUGUAUGCGACUAUAUGAGAGUUAUGGCCCUUUGUACAGUUGAUCUGGAGGUGUGGGCUUAUGGAUAGUUUGGAAUACUAUUCCUUAAUGUAUCAUAAUUUCAUGGAAAAAGUCUUUUAUUUCACCUUUGUUUCAUGAUGUCCAUGUUUUCUAAAAAAAAAAAUGAGUUCGGAGGAGUUAUGGAAUAAUACACAAAUCAAUUUUACUAUACACAAUCUUUUGAUAUUACUUGAUUUUGUAUUUUUUUUCUAACAUAAUGCAAUGAAAAGAAAAUUAGAAUAUGUCAUCAUUUUCAUUGCUGAAUUUUGGUAAACUGGGAGCCAUGCAUAAAUAAAAGGGAAUAUUGGAUCUAAAUGAUAUACCUGGUAUAUACUAGUACAGGAAACAGUGCACAUUGAAACUGUUUUAUUUUUUUAAAACAUACGUGGACUGUUUACAUUUGGUUUUCUAAAGAAUACCAUUCUAUAUAUUGUUUGUUUAUAAUACAAUUCUGUGUAUUGUUUGUACAGAUUAUCGUUUGAUGUAUUGUUUGAAUGGUAAAUGUGCUGUAGUUGUGAAAUGAUUGGGAGAGUGAGGCGGUGAAUGUAUUAAUGUGUGUGUAUGUAGAAGUGUAUGUGUGUAUAUCGGUAGGGUGUGAUGAUAUCUCGGUAGAGACAGUGAGGAAGGUGUAGAGGUAAGCAGUUGUGUAUAAACAUAAUUAUGUACAAAUACAGCUGUUUUCAAAAAUAAAAUGUGCUUUUUUGAAAA